AUGUCGCCUGCAUUGGACCCCGCGACGGGUGAAACCGGCACCAAAGGAUCGCGUGCGCAUCCUAUAGAGACAUCGUCGACCCCGGAGCUGGGUCGCCCGAGACGGACUACCGCGCAAAGCGAUAUUCAGGAUACCAUACAACAUCCGGGCAAUGUGCGCAUCAACGUUCAGGGGGCUUUCAUCGUAGAUGAAGAGCAGCCAGGGACGCCGCAGAGCGAAGACUACGAACACGAUCCGCACGACAUCAGACUGCCGAACCACACUUCGGUAGUUAGCCAUGUAGCCGUCGAUAUUGGAGGCUCCUUGGCCAAACUUGUAUACUUUUCGCGCGAACUCGGUGACUCGACUGGCGGACGUCUAAACUUCUUCAAGUUUGAGACUGACCGGAUAGAUGCGUGUAUAGAGUUUAUGCGCAAGCUGCAGGCCGACCAGAAGCAAGACAAUGGAUCGAAAUCGCCAGACUUGUGCAUCAUGGCGACUGGUGGUGGUGCGUUCAAGUACCACGACAAGAUAAAGCAAGCGUUGGAUGUAGAAGUCAUAAGGGAAGACGAGAUGGAGUGCUUGAUCAUAGGUCUCGACUUCUUCAUCAACGAAAUCCCAAACGAGGUCUUUACCUACAGCGAAGACAGCCCCAUGACCUUCAUGCCACAUCCUCCCGAUCCGCCGAAUAUCUACCCUUACCUCCUCGUCAACAUCGGCUCUGGUGUCUCCAUGAUCAAGGUCUCAGGACCCCGGCAAUACGAGCGUAUAGGCGGUACAUCACUAGGAGGCGGAACACUCUGGGGUCUCUUGUCGCUACUUACCGGCGCCCGAAGCUUCGACGACAUGCUACGGCUAGCAGAGAACGGCGACAACGGAAACGUCGAUCUACUCGUCGGCGACAUUUACGGGCAAGCGUACAACAAGAUCGGGCUGAAGAGCACACACAUUGCAUCUUCGUUUGGCAAGGUCUACAAAAUGAAGCGUGCAGCGGAACGGGAAGCGGAGGAUGGAUGUAACGGCGAUCUCAAGCGCAGAGAAGAAGCAGAGCACGUCGAGGGCUCUUCAGAACUAUCCCAUGACCCUGGUUCCUUCCGCCCAGAAGAUAUGGCGCGUUCGCUCCUUUACGCCGUCUCGAACAACAUUGGUCAGCUGGCGCAUCUGCACGCUGAGAAACAUGGACUGCCUAGGAUAUACUUUGGUGGCUCCUUCAUUGGCGGUCACUCACAGACGAUGAAUACUCUGUCCUACGCUAUUCGCUUCUGGUCCAAGGACACUCGGCAGGCUUAUUUCCUGAGGCACGAGGGUUAUCUGGGCGCUGUUGGUGCGUUUUUGAAGCGGCAACCGAGGAACUGGGGGAGGAGGGAGAGUGUUGUUGGUUCCGCUAGGCCGGCUUCUAGUUCUUGA